UCAGUUCGCAUUAUUCGAUUUAAUUGUUUUAAAACAUAGAUUUUUCGACGGCAUCACCAGGCUGAAAGAUGCAUGAGAAAAGUGAUGUUCCUUUCUUUCUUUCACUUUUUUUUUUCUUUCCUUUUUGAGGCUAUUCAUGCUCCAUUCUUGCCCCAUGUUCAUCCCUGGUAUCAUUUACUUUCAGGUUCGUUUUCUGCCCUCACCUUCAUACAAUUCUCACCUCUCGCCUCUGGAAGGAUGUGGUGAUGACACGGUUUUGCUCUCCUUAAUCCUUGUUGAUUCUGCGUUUCGUUCUUUUUGCAAUUUCGUUUCUGGCCUUAUCUUUCCUUUCCUUUUCUUUUCUUUUCCUUGUUAUUCUAGUUAUUCAGCCCCAGAUGACGUGUAAACGAUUUUUCUUAUUGUGCCAUGUUUGACGGAUGACCACUCAGUG